GAAGACUGAAGGCGGUAUUCUUGAAGUGGUUUGUUACUAAGGUUGGAACUGUUGAUAGCAAUCAUAAAUGCACAUUCCUGGUUACUUCUUUGGUAGAUCAUUUUUUUGCCCUCACUGAAAAAUAUUGCCACAGUGUCAAAACCAGCUCCUAAUAUAUAAACACCUCAAAAGGUAUGCCGAAGAGCACAUAUUAUUUCUUUAUGGACUGUAUGUUGCCUGUGAAAUAUGCAUAUCCAAGCAACCGUGCCUUUGAGCCCAAAUAAAAACUUCAUAGCCGACACCUAAGAUAAAUCAGUUGGAGUUUGAGCAACCUGGUGAGAGUAAGUGUAGCAUUGUAGGUGUUGAAUCAGAUUGUGUAUUUUAGGAGAGGCUUUUUAGCAUUUUUCUCAGACAAGUGUAACCAGAAACACCGCAACUAACGUCUUCUUUGGAUCACACUUACUUAGCUCAUACAAGGACUACUUUCUAUAUGGGGAUUUUCGACAUUCUCACUACAACUCCUCACUAGCUGCGGCAAAAGUGAAAUAAAAAAAUAACUCUUAUUGAAAGUGUGUCAAAGGGGUUCAUGAACUUUGGAAAACCUCCUUAUCCGAACUCGGUUGAUUGAGUCAGCGCUUGUGACUGUGUCAUAAAAAUUGGGAACGUAUAAUAGUGUUAAUCAGACUACACAUUAUUCUCAUUUUUUUUCUGUUUCGUUGAGAUUCUUUGAAGAUAAUGCCUUCCUUUCGGGGAUUUAUUUCCUAUCAAACUUAAUUUUCAACUAGGAGGGUAUAAGUGGUAUAGUACUGUUUGCUAAAGACUCGAAUAACAUCUCUGGUUUUCAGACGCACCAAUCUUUUGCAUUCAUUUAAAUACUAAAUACUCCUUCAGAACAUAUCGACGCCAUCAUCUAGACAUGCUAAGUGAAGCAAUUUGCCUCAUGAACCACGUCACUUAUUGUGGGAGUUCAGUCAGCCUCGAUGGGUUCCUGGCUAACAAUAUCCCAGUACGGAUUCAGUAGUCCGGUUGACUUAAAACCAACGUGCAUUACUUACCACCAAAGUAUGCUACACACCGGUCGAGUAUGUAUUGUCCUGUCUGUGAAAUAGCCCAUAAAUUUAAAAGACAUAGGUAGGCUACAGGGUUUUAGUCGAGUAUUUAUGUGAAGGAUUAUUCACGCAUCGUAGAGGUUACACGUAUGAUACUAGACAGACACGGGAAACCGGCUGGUAAUAUCAAUAAACCUCAUUAAACGAUGUGGAUAUGUUUUAUGCCCCUAUCAUUUAGUCUGAUACAUAAUGUUUGCUGGAGUAAAAAUAUUUUGGAAGAAAACUGAGGGGCGAAACCAAACGAGCUAUAUGCCCAUAAAUUUAUUGGCUUUUGAAGCAAGUCGUUCACCUAGAUUUAGACUAUCUGAUUAGGGUCCGUAUGGUUCUCUUGACUAAUGGUUGGAGACAGGUGACAUAAUUCAGAAUCCGUUAUAAUGGUGUAGUUAUUUCCAUUUAUAUCCCUUAAAUCAUGUUUCAAAAUUAUCUUAUGCAUUUUAACUUGUGAAUUAAUUCAUUGUUGAGUCACAUCCUAGUUUCUUAGUCUUCUUUUACUACCGCUGAUCCUAUGACUUUGGUAUUGAAUUCGGCAAUUCUAUUUUGCCGUGCUGUGAUGUGCUGACUUGAUUUAAUACAUAUAUGUGCCAGGUUCCAUGUUGAUGAUGACCCAUUAACCUAAAUUUUAAUAUAGUAUACGAUUUCAUUAAAAACUUCUAAACCAAUGUUUCAUUAGUAGUAAUUGUAGUUUAGAUGAAUUCAGUAUGCGUACUGAACAUGCCGAAGAAUUUUAAACAUAUGCCGUGGAAAUACCUUAUUCUCAACAUGCUUUGCUAUCGAUCGGUUCUCCGGAUCAAUAAUACAAAUGACGAUGCAUAAUUAGUCGGUUUAGCUUUUCAUUAAAACCCAUCUCCGAAGAUAUACCACCAACCGAAUAUUUUUUUAUGCGGUCUGUUAGCAGAUUAUAUAUUUAAUUAGAUUGGACUCUAGAAACUCAUGUAAAAACCAUAAAUAUACUAACGUUUUUGUUAUUGUGCUUCUUACAACUAUCUACCCUUGUUAUUGGGAAUAUAAUUUCGUUCCUGAUCAACCGUGUUCUGAUCUGGAGACAUUUCGAGUGAAUUAGUGUCCAAGAAUACUAAGCAAUAGCAAUACCUGAGUCAUAAUAUGAGAAAUUAUAACAAGAUCCUGAAUUUUAAUAAUGUUUUCAAACUAGUUUCCAGUCGAACUACUAAUAAUUGAGUGCUUGUUGAUACACCACUUGGACUGAUAGUUGUUUAUGUGACAUAUUAAUGCUCCUAAACUUACGCCAAAUUGGUAAUAUUUGACUACUGGCUUUCAUUUGUUUCAGAAAAGCAGAUUUUCGAAAAUGAUUAGAGAGAUUUCGUUAGCCAAUAUUGGACUCAACAUCAGUUUAGUUUUUAACAUCUUACAAAGUUAUUCGCAUUAUUAACUUGUUGCUCUGAGAAGUAAUAUCAAUAGUUAUUCUCAACGUAAAGUUCUGUUGGUGAAAAUAAAUUAAAAACCAGUGCUAGAAACACACUUCGAUUUUCAUCUGUAUCUGUUUUUCAUUUUUCUAUCCUGUGUUUGAAUUUUUCCAAACAUCAACGAACGGUUUUAAAUCACGUUCAAACAACUCAUUUUACCAGCUUCUUGGUAAUGACUGAAAGGGUUUACUAUCCCUGGGCAGAUCGAUGUGAGAAGUUGUCUGUAUUUCUUGAACGUGCUCACCUUCGGAACUUCCUCAAUGCCAUUAAGAAGAAAUUAAAAAUAAAUGACCCUGACGAUUUUGACCGGGUUAAACCUACUGACUUAGCUUGUCUUGGAAUGACAGAAAACGAAAUCAAUCGACUUGUUAAUCAGCUAAUAGAGGAUGGGUUUUCAGUAAAGAAUUUGCUAUCGGAUGGAUAUACAGACUAUUCCUAUUCAUGGCCAGAUCCGAAACCACAUUCUGCUGCUGAUUUUCACCGAUCGAAACUGCUACGUAAACUGUUUGGAGGAAAACAGUCCCAUACUAGUGCUCCAGUAUCACCAGCUCAUAGACUGGAACAUCAGUGUAAAGAAGAGUUCCCGAUACAACCUUCUUAUUGGAGUCAGCAUCAAGUAUCUGGCCGUUCCACCAGUUUUUCUCAAAAUAGUCGUCAGAAUGUUGUUACUAACUCAGCUGCAUUCACAUGUCUUAUUCCUGAAAAGGAUAUCAAACUCCAUUCAAGAAUUGGAGUUGGUUCGUUUGGCAUAGUACGGCGUGGUGACUGGACUGUGCCGACGGGCGAAACUAUUCCUGUGGCUGUGAAAUUAUUAAAACCAGAAGCAAUGAAAAGCGAUUUAUUCACAGGAUUCUUGUAUGAAAUUCGUGCGAUGCAAUGUCUUUCACAUCCUAGUUUAAUCCGUCUUUAUGGAAUUGUAAUAUCUAAUCCAAUUAUGAUGGUAACUGAAUUAGCACCAUUAGGCAGUUUAUUAUUACAUUUAAGAGCUCAAUCUAUAUGUGCCAAUAAUAAUAAUUCUUAUAAUAAAACAAAUGAAGUAAGAGCACAUUUCCCAUCUGUACCUCGUGCUCUUCAAAUUGAUUCAUUAUGGGAUAUGGCUAUUCAAAUUGUUCAUGGUAUGGCUUAUUUAACAUCUCAAGGACUAGUUCAUCGCGAUUUAGCAGCUAGAAAUAUUUUACUUUCAUCAAUUUCAAAAAAUGAAUAUCCUCAAAUUAAAAUAGCUGAUUUUGGUUUAGUUCGAUCAUUAGAAUCAUGUACAGUAAAUAAGAAAAUAUUAAAUGAAAAUGAAUCAAAUGAACCAAUUUAUACUGGAUGUUCAGAACAGAAAAUUCCAUAUGCCUGGUCCGCUCCAGAAUCUUUGCAUAAACGAACCUUUUCUGAAGCAAGUGAUAUUUGGAGUCUAGGUGUUACAUUCUGGGAAAUGUGGACCGGUGGUGCAGAUCCUUGGUCAGGUCUUACUCCUGUGCGUUUGUUAGAGCUCUUAGAUUCUGGUCGUAGGUUGGCAUGGCCCCGAUUUAACUGUCCACGUCGUCUAUACCAGAUAAUGUUAGCUUGUUGGAGAGCUGAACCGUAUCGUCGACCGACCUUUUCCUACCUCGCCGAAAGAUUAGAUCAGAUUCGUCCAACUAUCGUCAUGGCAACUCAAAAUCUUGAUGAAGCUGAUCGUUUAGGCUUAGAAGCAGGUGAUAUUGUUAUUAUUAUUGACGGAAAACCCCGUGAAUUUUGGUGGCGUGGUCAAAAUAGACGGACUGGUGAAAUAGGCUCAUUUCCACAUGGUAUUGUUCAACUUUGUAAAAACACUACACAGACAUUUGAUGAUAUAAAUCAAUCAUCGCGUCGUGAUUCUUUGUCACAUAAUGAACAUAUUAAUAAAAAUCAAACAGAAUCGAGUUUAUUACAGUACAACAUAUCGCAUACUUAUUGUGACCGGUCUCCUACUCCUAUUGAUGAAAAAUGUAAUGAAAUAAAAACUAAAAACUUAUUCAAUUGUUCAAAUCACAAUCUCUUACCAUUUGAUGAUAAUUCACUAUUGAUUGGAACUUCUACAUUUAAUGAUGUAGAAAAUGAAUCAGUAUGCCGUACUAUGGAUUCGUAUUCUUCGUCUUAUGGAUGUCUGUUCACUAACUUAUCACUUUCAAAUGCACCAGAUUUGGAUAAAUAUGACGAUGAUGAUGAUAAUAAUAAUAAUAAUAAAGGAGAGCAAGAUGAGCGAAGAAUUCUUGAUAAAACACCUAAUUCAACUGUAGGAUUAAAUGCUUAUAAUGUGGAAUUACGAAAAUGUCCCAAAUCUGAGUUAAUAAACAGUCAUAGAAAGUCAGUUGCCAACUAUGUUGCAAAUGGCUACAAUGACCAUGAAGUUUGUAUUUAUAAUCCCAUAACAAUGUUGCCACCACCUCCUGGACCGGAAGAAAACGAGAAUGUCAUCUUUGCAGAUGACGUUAACAACAAAAAGUCUUCUGAUGCUUCUGUACAAUCUACAAAAUUUAAAGAUAAUGUUAAACAUUUAUCUGAUAAAGAUAAUAAUCCUAAUAAAUCUGACAUUAGUACAAUGAGUAAUAGUCAUCAAGUUGAAAAACACAAUAUAUCAUCAAUUUCUGAAAGUAUAACUCCUUCGAAAAAACAUUCAUUUUCGCUUGACAAUUUAUUAGAUGAAGUUUCUUCUAUCAGUGCCAAAGAUUUUGAUUGCCAACCAUCAGCCCCACCUUUAAUUGAUCUUUACAGUCCUGUACCAGAUCCGUCAGCAUUUAUCCCCAGAUAUCGUAUUACGGUUCCUACCGCCCCAAUUUACAUUCCAUCGAUCAUUAAGCCUACUCCUUAUUCUUCUGUAUUUAUACCUAGAACUGUAUCCCCGUCUACAAUCAAUUAUUCAUCAAAUCCAUUUUUACAAAUGAAUUAUAAUGUUUCUUCACAGCUCAAUUAUAACACUCAAAAUCGAUAUUGUUAUGAUCCUUUUCAUCCUCAAGUUAACAUGCAAAGAUCAUACUGUACAUCUUUCCCUUUUCCUUCUUCUUUGAAUUUCAGUGUUGAUCAAUCAGCAAAACAAACAAAUUCAGUUAAUUUUUCUGAUAAUCCUUUUGAUUUUAAUAAGUUAAAUAUUAAACAACAUUCCCAGUGCGCCGAUAAGAUUGAUACCACUGUUAAUAAUCUAAACCAUAAAACCGAAUUAGACGUUUUAGAUAUGGUGUUCGAUAGCAAUAAUAAUAAUAAUGAUAAUAAUAAUAUCUCACAUCAAACACCAACUGUUAGUAGUCCAGUAUUUUCAACUAAACAAAAUGUUGAUCAUUGCACUACUAGAUUAGAAAAUGAAUUACUUGUUAGAUCAUGUCUUCUUACUAACUCAUCAGAAGCUCUGAAUUCAAAUCCUAACUUUUUUAAUCCGACAAAUGAUAAAUUCACUAAUUCUGUUACGGUUUCUGUCUCAGAAAAUAAUAUUACUUCAGGUGUAAAUCCUCAGCAUCAAGUGAAUGAAAAACUAAACGACGUUUUUGAGUCUUCAGAUAAUUUUAAUGAUGAAAUUUCACUUGUUCGUUCUCAUGUUCCUGGAUGCACUUUAUCUGAAGCUCAUUGGGCAUUAUUACAUGUAAUGAAUCCAUUUUCUCCACUUAUAUCUCAAUUAGUUGUACCUCCAAUUCCAUGCACUGCACCUAUAGAAACUUGGCGGACCAAACUAGAUAGAACUAGUGCUUGGCGUGUACAAUUGGCCAUUCGCCUUUUAUCUGUUUGUCGUCUUUAUCAAUUAGGUCUAAUCAAUUGGGAUUCAUGUUGUCAAAUUAUUAGUGCAUUCAAUUGGAAAUUGGAACCUGCAGCUGAUUGGAUUCUUGAUCAUAUGACCCCUAAUUGUUUUAUUUAA